AUGGCAGCACUCUUUGAGAAGGAUCUCGACUUCGAGUUCGUUCCUGUCGAUUUUGCCACCCGUGAACAGAAGACACCUCAGUUCCUCGCUCUCAACCCAUUUGGUCAAGUUCCAGUGUUUGAGGAUGGUGAUUUCAAGCUAUUCGAAUCAAGGGCGAUUACAAAGUACGUAGCGGAGGCUUACGCAGAUAAGGGGACGGAUCUGGUAUGUAAGGAUCCAAAGAUAUCUGCGAUACAAACAAUGUGGAUGGAAGUGGAAGGUCAGAAGUUUGAUCCGACGUCGUCGAAGCUGGGUUGGGAGCUGUAUUUUAAGCAGAUGUUUGGACUGACAACUGAUGAGGCGGUUGUGGCUGACUUGGAGAAGAAACUGGAGGAUGUGCUUGAUGUGUAUGAACAACGGCUGACAGAGUGCAAGUAUUUGGGCGGAGAUAGCUUCACGCUGGCGGAUCUCCAUCACCUACCGUACUUGCAUAUCUUGAUUGGGACGAAGAUGAAGAGUCUGUUUGACGCACGGCCGCAUGUCAACGCGUGGGCUUCUGAUAUCCUUUCUAGGCCUACUUGGGUGAAAGUUGUGUCCAUGUCUCCAAAGUGAACGUGAGGUUUGCUUUGAAGGUUGUGAUCGUUUUUUAUAAGUUGUGAUAUUCGAACUUGAGAACUCUUAUAUUUGUGAAGUUUUUUAUA